AUGGAUAAACUCAAGUACAGCAAGUGCCCGCUCAAGAAGCGACCCAUUCCGAUCGAGGAUGCCUUUCCCGUCGACCAGGAUCAGGAUCACGAUCAGCUGAGUCAUGACGAAGGACCCGUGGACCUCAGCGUGGCCUCGGCUGCGGUUCCGCUGGAGCCGGCGGUGCCCACGGAGCUGCGACGCCGCUUCGAUGCGGCCAUGACGCAGACCAAGGAGCAGCUGGCGCGCCGCAUCUGGGAGGAGACCCGCGAGAUCGCACGCGCCUUUCCGGAUGUCUUCACCCGCGAGGAAAUAGCCCGGAGCCUGGCCCGCCUGGGCUACGGCGACUUCGAGCUGCCGCCGGAGGAGGAGGUGAUGUCGCCGGAGCCAGAGCCAGCGCCACAGCCAGGGCUUCCGGUCAGCUAUGCCGGGGUCUCUCCGCCCCCCACAGCGAUCCCGCAGACGAUCAUCAAGGUGGAGCAGCCCGAGGAGGAUUUCCCGCUGCGGAACUACAACAACAAUCUGCUCAAGAGCAUAGCCGACUACGAGGACUGCAUGAAGAUGCCACAGCCACAGAUGCAGCCACACCCCCUCUCGUACUACCAGCCGCCACCAACCCCCGGGCUGCCGGAGGAUCUCAGUCAGCGCCGGGUGCUGAGCGAGAACAUGAAUCUGCACAACGUGGCCCGGGCCCUGCUGAGCAUGCAGCACAUGCCACCGCAGCAGCCGCGCUACGAGCCACCCCACCAGAAGGCGGCCAAGCUGGAGCUGCCGCCCCUGGCCGGGGCCGGUGCCGAGGACACGGAGAACGGCGGCGAGAACGGCGAAAACCAGCUGAACCAGCUGAAGAUCAAGAGCAGCAACGACCUGUACUACCAGUGCCAGCAGUGCAACAAAUGCUACGCCACGUACGCGGGCCUGGUGAAGCACCAGCAGAGCCACGCCUACGAGAGCACCGAGUACAAGAUCAUCCGGAGCAACCCCAGCGGGGGGCCGAUCGUGGACCAGACCGAGUUCUGCACCGACCAGGCCUCGGCCCUGAUCCAGGCGGCCAACGCGGCCUCCGCCCAGUCCAUGCAGAAGCCGGUGGGCGUGCCGCGCUACCACUGCCAGGACUGCGGCAAGUCCUACUCCACGUACUCGGGCCUGAGCAAGCACCAGCAGUUCCACUGCCCCUCGGCGGAGGGCAACCAGGUGAAGAAGGUGUUCAGCUGCAAGAACUGCGACAAGACGUACGUCUCGCUGGGCGCCCUCAAGAUGCACAUCCGCACCCACACGCUGCCCUGCAAGUGCCCCAUCUGCGGCAAGGCCUUCUCGCGGCCCUGGCUGCUCCAGGGCCACAUCCGCACCCACACCGGGGAGAAGCCCUUCAGCUGCCAGCACUGCAACCGCGCCUUCGCCGACCGCUCCAACCUGCGCGCCCACAUGCAGACGCACUCGGACGUCAAGAAGUACUCGUGCCCCACCUGCACCAAGUCCUUCUCGCGCAUGUCCCUGCUCGCCAAGCACCUGCAGGGCGGCUGCCACAGCGACGCGGUGGGCGGCGCCACCUCCGGGCCGGGCUUCAACCAGGAGCAGCUCCAGCAGCACCUGCACGGCUACGAGGAGGGCCAUCAGGUCUACUACGCCGGCAGCAUGGGCAGCAGCGGCGCCGAGGAGGAGGAGGCCUACGCCCUGGCCCCCCAGGCCAUCUUCUAG